AUGGCUAAACGAUCUCUGUCUUCGUUUGUGGGCGAGUCCUCGUCCAUGCGUGGAUCGACUAUCAACUGGCGCUUCUCCCUGGGCCACACAAACGCCGCUCACACCGGCCUAGGUCCCUCCACACCGAAGCCGACUAGACAGAACUCCGGAAAUCGAAAUUCUGAUCCAUCUCAAGUUCCUAAUGACGGUGAAACGAUAGCUCGUCUGACUUCAGGCUUGUAUGGCCCGUGCGGCGCUCCUGCCGCCGUCUGCUCUGCCCCACCUCCCCUAGUGAGAGUCGCUGCAGCUACGUCUCGAGCCGCCCCACCUAGUCAUCGUGCCACCCAGCCAAAACAAUUUGUGUACUUACUGGGAGGCGAACGCACUCGUUCGUCACUAGGACAUACAUUGGUGUUGUUUUCUCCAAAUCAGGUGCUCCAGCCAUACUUGUACGUGACAAAUAAGCAGCCAGGGGGACUCGAGGCUGGAAAAGUUUACCAAUUCCAGGUAGUCGCUGUUUUACCCGACGCCAACGCACCCGAGGAGAAAAGUAGGUGGUCAGCGAUCACAUCGUUUGAGUACAUCUAUGCCGACUCCCCUCUAGUUCGAGUUGCGCGUCGACUGCCAGAUGGGACAGUUCUCAUAAAUUGGUCAAGGUCCUGGGGCCAGAACGCCUUCAGGAUAACCCGUUUCAUCAUUCUUUUCCGCAAGGAGAAACGCCUCCCCAAUGGCGAGACUGUUUUUCACGGCUUCCGUCACGUGACUGCUCCUGGAAACCUUGAGGCCCUGUGUCCUGCCAUGGGCCACCAUGCGUCUUUGUAUUACCCCUUCCCCUCCAUCCACCCCUCUCUACUUCAUUCCCCCUCGCCACCAUCCCAGCCCUUUAAUUUCACCGCUGUCUCAACCGGGGUGGCCCCCAGUGAAUACAAGGUGGCAGGAUUGGACAGGAGUGCUGGGUACCAGUUUGUCGUCUACGGGGAGAACACACCACAGGGGAUCGAUCCUGCGGAGUCCCUUUUCACUGGGGGCCUCAAUGGCCGCAAGAUCACCACCUUCAGCCAGGAGGUUUUUGUUCCUGCAGACGACCGGAUUGAAUUGGACAUCCUCAGUCCGAGCAGGUCCAAAUGGGAUGGCGACCCCUGUGAACAUGUGUUUGCUGAGUCAGACAUGACUGUUCGUGCUGUCGCGGCCCAGGAUUUGAACGGCGGCAAUGUUGGUGGUGGUGGCGGCGCUGGUGGUGGUUCACUGUCAUUCAACAAUCAGCUGAGUCUCCUGGAGAUGAACUCGAGUGCCUCCAAUUCCCUGAUGUUUCUUAUCCUCGGGGUGCUUGCUGGUGCCAUGCUUAUUGUGAUGAUCUUCCUCGUUGCCAUAUGCUUCUUCCGCCAACGCAAAGAAAAACUCCGACUCCUUGCUCAAAUCAACGCCGAUGACAAAGAUUCUAGAAUGCUGGCCUUGGCUGAGAGCAAUGGGAAUGUGGGAGUCGACGAGGAGCCACCGAGGUCGAAGCGUUCUGUACCUAGUAGUGGAUUUCUUCUUGCCGACCUAACUCCGAUUGCGGUGGCAAAUUUUCGUACUGCCCCCGCGCCUCCGCCACCUCCAUUGCCACCGGUCGCGGGGGAACGCGAUCGCCUUCUGCCGUUGUCGCAGCCGCCACCGCCUCCUCCCUCGUCUCCUCCGACCGGAGAUGGGGAGCACCACCCCACCGGCAGCUCCACGCCUUCGGAUUCGAGCUCAGCGAUAGUCCAGAUGAAGCGAGAGCCACCCAGUGGGGGAUCCAUUCAUGAUGAAUCCGAUGACAACCACGAGAAAAACAGGAAUGAACUCACUGUGUCUGGCUCUUCUCCUAAUCCCGAGGACCCACUUUUUGCCCGAAUCGCUCUCCGUGCCCACGCUUACCCUCUUUACAAUUCCCACCUUCGUCGCCGACCCCCCUCACCUCCCCUUCACUCGUCGCAACAUCAACACCAGGGCGAGGUGCUCGCCAUGUCGACGCAGGGGCGAUGGCUCUCCGGCAGGGCGGAUCAACGAGGCAGGCGACUGGGCAAACUCUCUUCCCACUCCUUCAUGUACCCCUCUUCCGCUGCUUGGUGCUAUCGUAGGGGGGUGGAAGCAGUCUACCCCUUCCUAAAGUCCAUCUCGCCACCGCCCCAACGUAUCCAGGCCAUUGUGCCUCAAGCGGGUGAUAAGACAAAUCGGGAGGAGGAAUUCCUUGGGGAUAUCCAAAUCUCUAUGCAGCCUUCAUCUCCCCCUCGCCCAAACAGCCCCUCUACAACGAAGUCUCGAGGUUCCUCUAACCGAACUCUUUUCUCUCGUUUGCAAUGCCCUCCCAGUGGAGUACGGAGUCCCCGAAUUCACGCACCCCUAGGCCAGCAGUCAAGCAGCUUCCUCGAACAAACCAGUUUCAGGGCAGAUCAGCCAGAGGAAGCAGAUGCCUGGAUGCAAAUUUCGUCAAGCAAUUGUAGCGACGGCGUGAGAACGACUUCACUUAACAAGAAGCGAAAACGUCAGAAUUGUCAUCCGGAGAAAACUUUCGGCAGUUUCUACUCCUCAUUUUCGGCAGACGACUCUAGAACAGACAAUCUUUCUUGUUACCCAUCUGGUCACCAGGCUGGUGCGUGA